GAGCCGCGCCGCCGCCCGCCCAACAUCUCGUUUGUUUUUCUUGUGAUAAACACUCAACAACAACACACAAAAUUGGAACAAUGACAAAAACAACAUAUUACGUGAGCACUGCUGAAUUGUGUUUGACUCGGUGCCAAAUAAAUCAAGAGCAUUUCAGCAAUAAACAUGAGCAAUUUAGAAAUUAUAGUUAUGCAGAAAAGAUUGAGCCAAUCGACAAUGGUCGGAAAGAUUGCGAUCUUUUUAGCGUUGUGCGCCCUCGGUCGAUCUGAAACGACACAAAACGGCAACGUUACGGCGAUAUCGACGGAAACAAUGGAAGUCUCCAGCACGAGUCCCAUUUUAAAGCUACUAGCUCCCACAAAAGGCACAACAAUGGCCUCAAAAACAACAGAGUACACGACCGAGCGACCAACAAAGGGGACGAAAAGUGCUAGAGGGCAGAAGGCAAACACUAGUGCCCCUCCAAUGCGGCGGGCUCCGGAGCGGGCCGUGGAGUGCGAGCUGCCCGUGCUGCCGCGCGACUCCCGCCUCUGGCGCGGGAACGAAACACAUGAACUCAAUUUCCCAGUCACGAUGUCGGAGGAGUGCUCGGGUCGGAAGGGGGAGGAGGAGUGCCCCCCUUUCAUCAUGUCCUGGGAGGGGUCGGCGGACAUCCAGAGCGGGGAUAUACUCAUAGUCCGCAUAGCCGACCCCUCGCUGCUGGAGGUCCAUGCGAAUAAAACUGAAACCAACGACACGGACGCGCCACGCUCCGCUGACGACAGGCCCCACGGGCAGCCCGCAGUGUACCAGGUGACCCGGCAAGGCCACGAGCACUGCGACGUGUCGGACGGCAUGCUGCUGGACAUCACGCCGCUGGACGAGCAGGGCGCCAAGCUGUUCACGCUGUAUGACAAAGAUCUGACCGAGGGUGUCAAUUUACUGAUUGUGGUGUCGGCGAGAUGGGGCGCGCGGUGCGUGCGUCUCAGGGUCACAGUCAAGUCCGACAACUGCGGGGACUCGCAGGAAUGUUCCGGAAAGGGCGUCUGUUACACUAAUGUUUCGAUGGAGGGGUACGAGUGUCAGUGCUGCGGGGGUUACUCGGGGCCGCACUGCGAGGAGCGCGGCGCUUGCUCCCCCUCCCCCUGCCUCAACAACGGCAUCUGCGUCGACCUCACGCAGGCGACCAACGGCGCCAACUACCACUGCCUCUGUCCCUACGGUUUCACUGGCAGAAAAUGUGAGAAGGACCCCUGCUUUUCCGGGCCGUGUCUAAACGGCGGGUCCUGCAUGAGCAUGGCCAUGAACGGGUCAACGACCUUUCACUGCGCGUGCUCUGAGGGCUGGACCGGUGCCCACUGCGAAGUCUCCGCCCUAGGGGGUCCAUGUGAGGCCAAACCCUGCGUUAAGGGCAUCUGCGUAGAAGAAAAAGACAGCGAUGUAGACGACGUCAAGUACCGCUGCUUCUGUGAACCAGGCUACACGGGCGACAAGUGCGAGGUGGAGUACAACGAGUGCGAGUCGUCCCCAUGCGGCAACGGCGGCACCUGCACCGACCGCGUCGGCGGCUUCUCCUGCGCCUGCGCACGCGGAUACACCGGCAACAUGUGCCAGCUGAAGGUGGACCUGUGCUCGCCGAACCCGUGCUCGGGGCAGCGGCUGUGUAUCGACCACGGCAACAGCUACACGUGCGAGUGCCCGCGCGGCUUCGUCGGCGAAGAGUGCCACAUACCCGCUACUUCCGUAUGCGACAAUAGCCCCUGUGCCCACGGCGGUACGUGCUGGAGUGGCGUGGACUCGUUCUACUGCUCGUGCCGGCCCGGCUACACCGGAAGACUGUGCGAAGAGGACUUCAUCCUGGAGUCGGUGAUAGACGGCGAGGAGCUGGACGACCGCGGCAGCCUAGUGCGGGAGAUGCACCUGCCGCUGGGCCUGUACCACGACCGCCUGCACAACGUCUUCAUAGCGGCCGGCACGCUGGGCGCAGCUAUAGCUAUAGUCGGAGUCGUGGUAACAGCCUGCCACUGCCGCGUGAACAAGACCUACGCUAGACUGCUGUCACGCUUGUCCCGCGUGCGCGCGCCGGGACCGCCGCACCACUGGCUGGCGGACAAGCGCGCACCCCCCGUCGCCCCCGCGCCCCCCGCGCCGCCUCUUGACACCGCCGACAUGUACUACACCCUCGACUUCAGCGACUCCCAGAGCUCCCCGCUCAUACAAUAGCCAUCACUCGCGAACUGCUCCGACGGGGAACAGUUCAUCAUAUUUUAAUUCUGGUUGACUAUUUUAACCACCACAGAAAACGAAACCUAUAAGGGUCAAUUCAGACCGCAACGCGACGCGUAGAUGCAUUUCUAAAUUUGUACUGACGUCUUGCAAA